ACUCCACUCCAUCCAUGAUGAAGGAAGUUUUUGACGAAGUUCCUUCACCAUGGAGUGGAGUUUUGUCCGCUAGCAGUAACUUAACCUUAGCUAGCUUGCUAAACGUGUUGCGUAACAUUGCUACAACUAGCCAAGCAUAGCUAGCUCGCUAGACAUUGUCUAAGGAUGUGGAAGAUUUAGGUCUAGUAAAUGAUGUGACAAAACUGGCGCUUACACUGGUUCUUGCUUUAAACUCGCCAUUAUAAAUGAUCUUUAUAAAAGGUUUGUUAAUGGUUUAUAAUUCGUAACCAAGCUAAUAUUACUAUUAACUAGUAUUAGGUAGAUAGUUAUAGUAUUGUAAAGACCUUGAUAGCUCAUACAUGAAAGAAUGUCCACAACAGAGGAUGGCGUUUUCAAAUUGAACGUUUUAUUAACCAGAACUCACACAAGGAUGCCUGGCACUGAAACAUUCCAGGCAUUCCUUUGAUUGGCAGACAGCAAGGGGGACUGGUAUGUAUGCAGUCCCUGGAGAAUAGUAGAUGACUGUGGUGGUGCGUUCACCAUGGGGGCCAUCGGCGGAGGGGUGUUCCAGUCAGUCAAGGGCUUUCGGAAUGCUCCUGUGGGCUUUCGGCAUAGACUAAAAGGUAGCGCCAAUGCUGUGAGAUUAAGAGCUCCACAGAUCGGCGGUAGCUUUGCUGUGUGGGGUGGACUCUUCUCUACAAUCGACUGUGGUCUGGUCCGUAUUCGAGGGAAAGAGGACCCCUGGAACUCUAUAACUAGUGGGGCGAUGACUGGGGCAGUCCUGGCUGCACGCAGUGGGCCUUUGGCUAUGGUGGGGUCAGCCAUGAUGGGGGGCAUCCUGUUGGCCUUGAUCGAGGGCUUUGGGAUCCUUCUCACCAGAUACACCGCACAGCAGUUUCAGAACCCGAGUCCCUUUGUGGAUGACCCCAGCCAGCUUCCUCCUAAGGAUGCCAGCCAACAGCAGACUGGGUUCCAGUAGGUUCCAUGGAGCUGCUGGGCCUAACUACAGCCCUGCGAACUGUGACAAUCUCAGACUAGAGAGGAGAGGGGUGCUCUGAAACCUGACCUCACUGGUGUAAGCAACCUCACCCUGAACCAGCCUCCAUCCUCCCAUUGGUCAUAAGAAUGUAGAUGCACUUUAUUAUUGUUAUUAUUCCUCAGGGGUAGAUUACAGGUUAUUUGCGUUAUUUGUUUCUGAAUAUGUUUGUCUAUAUCGGUUCACCAGUGUUCCUUCUGACUGGUCCUGAGUUAUACCCACAUUUAUCAGAUUAAUUUAUGCACAAAACCAGCAUUUUGUGGUGACUAAGACUUUUGGUGCUGUAUAACCACAGUUACAGAAAUAGAAUGGGUAGCUAAUCAUGAAUAGGCAUUAAUACAGGUAUGUGUGAGUAUGUAAUGACUGUAUUUAGGAUUAGAAUUAGUGUCAGGGGUGACGAAAUCAAUGCUGUUCAAAACUGAUGUAAUUGAUUUUGCUUGUAAAAUGUAAUGCACCGAGGGAGGAGAACUGCACUAUCAUUCCAUUUCCUCUCCUUAUGGCAGCUUUCAUAACUGUGAGGCUUAUAACGGUAAGGAUUCAGGGUCACAUCACAAACACACCAAUCUUUUGAUUCCAUUUGCAAACUCAGAAGGCUGGAAUGGAAUGCCAUGUCCAUAUACAUUCACAGCUCAUGUGUUCUGCUCCGCUGUUCUUUGUUCUGCUGUUUACCUCGCUCCCUUUAUUGCUACUAUGCCAUGCAUUCCCACACAUUUCCAACGCCUAAGCACUAUAAGGUCUAUCCACUUUGUUGAACCAGAGCACUUUCCUACUCCAUCUCUUUAUUUGUUAUUAUGGUAAUACAACUUGAGAUGGAGAUGGUUUUUGACACAAUUAGAUAUUAUUUUGUCAUUCAAAACAUGUGAAAUAUAAUGUAUACAAUGCUGUACCAUAUUUGUUGAUUUUAAUGUAUUUAUGAUGCAUAAAAAUAAGUGUUAACAGUGUAAUUGACUGGAAACAAAUAUUAAAUUGUUGAUUCUG